CAGUCCUUGCAGCAUCUGAGCGUGUUUUCAUCCUCGCUGCCCCACAGACCUCUGGGAAGAGCCAAGUCAUCCCCUGCAACCGCUGUCAACCCCAUCAAACACCUCUUCACCACCGGGUUGGUGUAUGACAGCCUGAUGCUGAAACAUCAAUGUGUGUGUGGCAAUGCUCACAUUCACCCAGAGCAUGCUGGGAGAGUCCAAAGCAUCUGGUCCAGACUGCAGGAAACAGGCUUACUGAGCCGCUGUGAGAGGAUUCGUGGGAGAAAAGCAUCUCUAGAUGAAAUCCAGUCGGUCCAUUCAGAGUUCCACACUCUGCUGUAUGGAACCAGCCCACUCAAUCGGCACAAACUGGACCACAAGAAGCUUCUGGGUCCUAUCAGUCAGAAGAUGUAUGCUGUUCUGCCCUGCGGAGGAAUAGGGGUGGACAGUGACACUGUGUGGAACGAAAUGCACUCAUCAGCAGCAGUUCGCAUGGCAGUGGGCUCAGUUAUUGAGCUGGCCUUUAAGGUGGCUGCAGGAGAGCUGAAGAACGGCUUUGCAGUUGUGCGUCCACCUGGUCACCAUGCAGAGGAAUCCACAGCCAUGGGCUUUUGCUUCUUCAACUCAGUAGCCAUCACUGCAAAGCUGCUGCAACAGAAGCUUGGAGUGGGGAAGAUCCUCAUUGUGGACUGGGACAUUCACCAUGGCAACGGUACCCAGCAGGCCUUCUACAACGAUCCCAAUGUGCUCUACAUAUCUCUGCAUCGGUACGAUGAUGGAAACUUCUUUCCUGGCAGUGGAGCACCAGAGGAGGUGGGCUCAGGCGCAGGAGUUGGCUUAAAUGUAAAUAUAGCAUGGACUGGAGGAGUAGAGCCUCCUAUGGGUGAUGUGGAAUACCUCACUGCUUUCAGGAGUGUGGUAAUGCCCAUUGCCCAGCAGUUCAGUCCAGAUGUGGUCCUGGUGUCUGCAGGCUUUGAUGCAGUGGAAGGUCAUCAGUCUCCUUUGGGUGGCUACAAUGUUUCUGCACAAUGUUUUGGUAAGCUAACACAGCUGCUGAUGGGACUGGCAGGUGGGCGGAUUGUAAUGGCGCUCGAGGGCGGCCAUGACCUAACUGCUAUCUGUGACGCAUCAGAGGCCUGCGUCUCUGCCCUCCUGGGAGAUCUGUGGCCUCAGGAAAAGCCAUGUCCAAAAGCCUGCGCCUCCCUGGAAAGAGUCAUAGACAUCCAGAGUAAGCACUGGCCUUGUCUCCAGAGUCUGUCUCAGACCAGUAGCCCCUUGCUCCUGGCAGGGUCCCCUGUGGCCCCGGGCCAGUCUGAGAGGGACGAGGCUGAAACACUCAGCGCCAUGGCCUCGCUAAGUGUUGAUGUGGACCAGCCAGGCUCUGUUCCUGAAAACAGAGAAUUUAACAGGUCUACAGAGGAGCCAAUGGAGGAAGAGCCUGUGUUGUAAAGAGGAACUGACCUAAAGCACCCAAAAACACCUUCACGUCCUUCUAGCACCUUCUUGUCCUCCUGUUCCUGCUCCUCCACAGAGUGUGUAUGUACACCAACACACACACAUAUACGCAUACGCAGUGUGGAACUGAAUUGUUGCGGAGGUCUCAGAUUGGCUGAGAACAUCGAAGUAAGGCAGGAAAAGGCAAGUCCUGUACAAAACAGGGGCGCCUCUCUUUUCUUCUGGUUCAUCCAUCCAAGGAUUCGCAGACGACUUGUUCGCAUCUUCAUGGAAACCAAAGACGAGGAGCGUCAGCAAGGUUGCAAUUUCUGUACACUACCUGUAUACAGCAUCGCUGAACCUUGUCCAGUCGUUCUUCUUUUAUAUUUCCUACCUACUCCUCUGAUUCCACUGAGGGACUUUUACUGUGGAAAUAAAAAACUUUUAUCUGGUCAAAAUGUCCGACAACAAGCUGACGACUUGUCUUCUUGUGUCUGUCAGAGAAAACGAGUAGUCGCUUGUUGGAAGGGUAACCCGUUUUACAAGGAGCGGGAGAGCAAGAACUCUAGGUGCCUUUUUUUCUGUCUAACACAAACUAUUCAAUCAGAAUCCACACAUCACUGCCAGUGCACCUCAGCCAACCAAGCAGCCCACAGAGGACUGAAGAACCGGCCAGAUAGCGCACAUACACUGCUGUUGUUUCAGUUGCUCGGUGUAUAUUUGUUCCAUCAUCUGAAUGCCUUAGUUUUUCUUUUUUUGUGUGACAAAGAUGGGUAGACGGGAUCAGAAGAGCUCAUAAGCUGUAAUCUUUCCAGGUAUUCCCAAAAUACUUUUUUGGUGUUUCCUAAGAGUUGUACCAGUGGAAAUGUUUGUCAAAAAGCUCAUCUGAGUGUUAUUAUUGAAGUUAAUGUAAUAUAAUGAUACUGAGGAAACAAUCUCAGGAUCAGUUCAUCUACAAAACUAGACAUUAUACUGCAGCCCUUAAAGCUCACUUUGUUGUUUCUGUUGAGUCAUGUGACCUGAGUCCCACCCCUUUCUGUCCUCCAAAAAGAAUUUUAUAUUGUGGCACUUUUUAAAAUACCACAAUUACCACCCUUUCUUUACUUUUCAUUUUGAGUGUAAUAUUUGCCUUUGGCUGUAAAUACUGUCCACCAUUCAGUUGCGCAUAGCAACAUCACAGCAUCUGUAGUUUGGUUUGUUUUUACAUAUCUGUACAUACAUGUAUGUAUAAAUUACAGAAUACUUUCUCUUUUUGUAUGACAAGCAAAAAUAAUGUGUAAACUGUGUUUUAUUCAAUCAGAUAAGAUUUACGAAUAUACUCUAUUUGAGGAUCUGGUGUUUUAAAAGUUUGGCUAUUUGACAGAAAGUUGGUGCACGGCUUGAUGGCACCCGCUGUCACCGCAGCCUGCUUGUUUGUUUGUUUACAGAUGCCAAGAGAUGAUAGGAUGUUGAAUCUCUUUGGAGGAGAAUGUUGCGCUCAGGUUCCUCUGGCAGGACCACUGCUCUGUACUGCCCUCCUCAGGCAGGCAGCAGCAUCUACACACAGGAGCUGUUCAAAUCAAAGGUCAUGACUGGCUUAGUAGGUGGGUCCAGUGACUGUGGCUUUGUAUUCCAACAGAUCUUCACAGAAUGUUCCUGACUCCCAGACAUGUUGCAUAAAUGAGGGAACGAACGGAUGGUAGCAAUGUUCAGACUUCCUCUCCACAAUAGACAGAAAACUAAUGUGUCCUUCAAAAUAGGGUUUGUAUCAAUAAACUUCUUACAAGCAAUUAGUCCUUUUAAAGUAGAACACACAUCCUCAUUAAUGUCUUCAUUCGUUAGUGCAUGUAUAAAACUUCACACAAGCUUUACAAGUACAGUGAAACAGCUUUUGUGAAAAGGGUCAACAAUAAUGCAAAAGAUAAAGAAUGCAGAGUUUGAUAGCGACUAUUUUAGCUUAUUCCUUAUGUGAAGGCACAAGUAGGUGAAAAAACAGUUAGGACACCAAUCCAUAGUCAGCAGGUUACUUUGGUUUUUAACAUUCUUGUUUGUAAAGAUUUCUGAAGACGUUUUUCAUUAAUUAAUUACUUUAAAUAAUAAAAUUGUUCCAAAUACUGUAUUGACUUGGACCCCAGACUGGUACUAUGGCUUCAGCUGUAACACUCUUCUACGUCUACACUGCUCCAUUCUACAUGAGCUAUCAUGUAACCAGUUUGAGUAAAAAUACCACAGUAUCACUGUUAUGAUAACUACACAAAACGAUUGAACAAAAAUAUUUAACUUGAUCUCAUUCCCUUUAUAAAAGGGAAUGAGAUCAAGUUAAACAGCUUUUGCUGUUUGAUUAUAGAAUAACACAAGCAUAACAAGUUCAUAUCAUCUGGUUAAUCUGCUCAUGUAACCAGUCUGCAAUGGGUUGCUUCAGUAAUAUUCUUCAGGAGUAGGUGCAGUUUCAAGACAGCAUUAGCUUGAAUGCUCUUGACAUGCCUUGCCAGCUUGGCUAGCUACUGGGACAUUUUGGACGAAUUUUUGUCCAUCUUCGUGCAGAAUCUCUGCUCAGAGGCAGAGUUUUCAUCAGCCUCACAGUUUGACUGUACACAUUCAGAAAAGAGCAGUGGUGGUGGUGCUAGUUUCCACACAACUUCCUCAUGAGAGCAGAAAUGAUUUUAAACAGCUGAAUAUGUCUUUGUUGUAAGCAGGGGGAACAGUGUAUUUGUCUUCUUACAGCAAACUCCUGUAAGUUUGCUGUACCACAGCCUCUAAGAAGGAUUAGAGACUGUGGUACACUGUACCACAAACAAACUGAUUUCUCUGCCACUUUCACUGGCCUCUCAUUAAAAGGACUUUAAACUAUCAGAAUAGUUUGGAAACAUGUUAACUUUCUAAAAACCUUAAUUUGAGUUUGUGCCUCAUUCAGUGUGUUUUGCACAUGUACGAGUGGCUCAGCUGCCAGAUGAUGUUAAAAUAAUCAUGACAAACCAUUAUUGCUUAUUUCAGGUCAAAAAGAAGGUCAACAUUGUGUUGAACGUUGACCUUCAACAUGCUAACUUUAGUAGUUAGCAUGUUGGUUACAUGCUAACUACUAAACAUGUCCUUCCUUGGAUCAAACUAUUAUUUAAACAUACCAGUUUUUGUUUGUAACUUGAAAUGAGUAACUUCAUAAACUGACAAACCCCAUCAUCUCCUGAAGUUACAAAACCUUAGAGCUGGACCUAUCCAUUAAUCAGUGCUGUAAAAACAUUAUAUAGAGACAUAGAGAAGCUCACAUUAAGUCACUUAACGAGGCAUGCUGCAAUAGACACUUCUACCUUUGGGUAACAUCCAUUUAGCAAUAUCAGACCAACAGAAUAUUUACUCUUUUGUAGAUAUUUAGAUAUUGAAGACUUUAGUUGAGUGUGUUGCUUUGACAAAUGAACAACAGUCUCUGAGGCUGCAUGUAGCACAUCUGCCUAGAAAAUUCCCAAACAACUGAAAGGUUUUGAUAAUCAUUCUUAAUCCCAUUGGCAGCUCAAAAGCAAAAUUAACUUUACAUUUGUGAACUUUACAGUUGAUUGAUGAGAGGCAGCAGAUUGAGACCUCAAACACAAUUAAGAGUGUAGAAGGCUAACAGUCAGAUGGAGCAUUGUUGCAGCAAAUUAUUGCAAUUCAACAACUUAAAACACUCAAAUACCAAUAAUCAUCCAUUUGUGAAAAACUGACAUGUGAUGGGGAAGGAAGAUUAACUUAAACUCACAACUUCCCUAUUGCAAGGCGACUGCUUUUCCCACUGAGAAAUCACCCUAUACAGUAUGUAUUACCAAGUUAAACUGUUAGCUCAGUCAAAAAACAUCCAUUUGACGGUGCAAAGUGCUAUUGCCAGCUGUUUGAGCGGGAUCAUUUCUGUAUAAGACCUGGAAAAGGACUGGAACAUAUUUGAGCUCUCUGCACAAAUGACACAAAAUCCAGAGCUUGAUAUUAUUCUUAGCAGACUUUGACUGACUGACUGACGUAGCUGGCAGCCUCAGCUAUGACAACUAGAAGACAGGAACAAGCUUUCUGGUCUCUAUUAAAAGAGCACAUACCCAGCAUUGUGUCCAACAGAUGGAAACAUCUUCAGUUUGAGUGGUUUUGAAGUGUCUGUCUGGGUAAAGAUUUCCUUCAAGUUUCUACAACCUCACUGUGACCUCUGGCCGGCCCAGGUAAGAGAAGUGUCACUGAUAACUUCACAAAACCUCACUUCAAAAGUUACAAGCUAUUCCUUUAACAGUGAUGUGGAUGAGCAAGCAGCAAUUAUCACCACAUUGUGUUGAGCCCUCCCAUGUCUCCUGACGUCAAAAGCUUUUAUAUGCCAAAUGUGACAUUUUCUGAGAAUUUGCUUACACUUUAUGGCUGUUUAGGAAACUGCAGUGUAAAAGUUUUAAAAUACAUCAUUUCCAGGUAUGCUGUCACCACAACCUGAGACAUUUCUAUGAACUGUUGCAAGUGGAAACCAACACUUUUCACAUGUAUUUAUUGUUUUAACCUAAUAGUGUAUUAUGAUAUUAGUUCACUGAGACCAAAACUCAAAACUCCACUAAACCUAAAUGUGGUGAUGGUUGCCACACACUGUCUACGCACAUGUUGUCUCUCAGCUCACAUUUCUUUCUGACAAACAGAAUCCAGAGAAAAAGCGGAUCGACUGAAAGAAGUGUUUAAUGUGAAGAUGUUUCGCAGCUUUAAUGUUGCUAUACACACUGACUCUUUUGCUACUUCAAUUGAUCCUGUAUAUUUCUUCACGUUUGAGCCCGUGGUGUAGCUGUUGUGUCCUGUGAAGCCCGUGUUGGGGGGGGGGUUACUUUGGAUGCCCAGGCUUUGGGUAGGGAGCUUCAUUCUCUGCCUCUUCUCUCCCAGUUUCUGGGGAGGAAGACAUUCUCUCUGUUUGCUUUCUUUCUUCAGGGUUACCACUGAAGAGUUUUCAGAAGACAGCAUUUAUUUUUGUUGUUGCUGUUGUUGGAACUUAUCACAAACACAUUCCUGAAUUAUCUCCAUCCAUGGUGUCAUUUUUCUUUUGCAGAUUGCUGUUGGCAACAGUCAUGUCUAGUUCUCUCUGACUCACGUGUAAAUAAAGUUCAUAUUUGUGUACACAUGUGCAAUACACGCUACUCAAGCAAUCUGUUACUGUGACAAAUAUUGAGAAAUGCUACUUUUUGAAGUUUCAAUCUAUUUUUGCUCCUUGUCCUGAUGAAGGAUUAUGUUGCAAGAUCUUUAAAAAAGGGAAAGUAACUAUUGUGAUUCUUCACACUCAGUUUAAAUUCAGGGGCUUGCUGACAUUUUAAUGAAGCCCUUUUGUUUUUAAAACACUCACUGUACCGUUGUGAUGAUCUUUCUUUUUUUUAUUAAUAUUUUAAAGUGGGCUUGUUAAGUUUGUCUGGAAACUCAAUAAAGCAAUUCACGGACCGUU